AUCGUGAUAGUUGCGAAACGAAAGAAAAUGCAUGCACUGCAGUGAGUACUCACUCGAUCAGGCGAUCAGUGUUAGUUAGUGUCGAUGUCGAGAAGUGUGCACGUGUGCUUAUGUAUGUGUAGGUGUAUAUGUGCCUGUGUUGUUACUACUUUGGGCGCGAGGCAAGAGUGCCAUGAAACAAGUGUGGUGAAACGUCAGCGUUAGCCACGAAUAGCAACAACAAAAGAAAAACAUUUGUAAGGUUCGCCAAACUAACCGAAGCAAACCCAUUCGGUGCUCCCGUGUAGUUGAGUCGAGUGGUUAGGUAUCGAACGCAGGUCAUAAACGCGGGACCCGGUUCCAUUCUUUCAUCGUGUCGGGUGGCGCUCCAAGCGAAUUCGGGUGUACAUGUCCACCACGCUAUCGAGUGUCUCUGGAGUGUAUCCAGACGAUUCCGAGCAAGAGCAUGGACUGUUACCGGAUCUGAAUGGUGUCGAUCUGGUUAUGAGCUUGUCGCCCAAGGCGCCAAACCACCAUCACCACCAUCACCAUCACCAUCAUCUGACCAGCCUGCAGCAUCUGCAGAACCUGCAGCACAACUCGGCCCUCCACAGCCACUCGACACCGUUUAGCGUCACCGACAUACUAAGCCCGAUCGAGGAGUACCGCAAGCUGGAACUGACCGCGAAUCCACCUUCACCGUACAGCGGCGGCAGCAGCGUUAACUCACCGAGUGCCCUCGGGCCAAACACGACCACCGGAAGUACGACGACCGGCAGCAGUAGCAUGGCGAACCCGUACGCAAUGGGUCCACUGUACCACAGUCCCGGUGUCCAGAGUUACUGUGCGCCGACGGAUAACCUUUCGCUGGCGGGCCAUUACACCGAUAUGCGCAAUUCGGCCGCCGCCGGUUGGUACGGUUCCACCGCCAGUGAUCCACGGUUUGCGAUAUCCCGAUUGAUGGGGGGCUCGGCCGGCGGUACGAUGGGUCACGCCAUGUCCAACAUGGGCAGCCUGGCGGCGUGCAGCGUGUCCGACACCAAACCGAUGCAGUUUCCACUCGCCCAACGACGAAAGCGGCGGGUGCUGUUCACGCAGGCCCAGGUGUACGAGCUGGAGCGAAGAUUUAAGCAGCAGAAAUACCUAUCCGCCCCAGAACGCGAACACCUAGCCAGCUUAAUACAUCUCACACCAACACAGGUGAAGAUAUGGUUUCAAAACCAUCGGUACAAGUGCAAACGGCAGGCAAAGGAGAAAGCGAUGGCGGAACAGAACCAACAUAAUCAGUCAGCCAGCUCACCACGACGUGUGGCCGUACCAGUACUAGUUAAAGAUGGCAAACCCUGUUCCGGCGGUUCGAACGCGAGCGCCAACAACACUAGCGGCAGCAGUGCGGCAGCUGCCGCUGCUGCUGCAGCCGCGGCCGCCGCCGCCGCCGCCGUCCAGCAGCAACAGCAGCAGCAGCAGCAGCAUCAGCAACACCAGCAACAGCAGCACGGUCAGCAUCCGUCCCAGCACGGUGGGCAUCCAGCACAGCAUCAUCAGCAGCAGCACAGCGCACACCAGCAGCAGUCGGCCGUCGGUGGGAGCGGGUCGGGUGGUUCGGCCGGUGGGUCGGCCGGCAGUGGAACGAGCGGGCCCAGCUCGAACGGCAGCAGCAGCGCCAGCAAUGCGGGCAGCGGUGCGAGCAAUGGCAGCGGUGGCCCAACCAGCACCGGCAGCAUCGUGCUGCUGAACGACACGAACGCACACUCGCCGGACACGGCCACGGCGGCGCUGCUUUCGUCGUACAAUGGUGCCGCCCAUCAACAUCAGAUGCUGCAACAGCCGUGCAAUAAUGCGCUCAUGUCCAACAGCCUGGCGAUGGCGUACCGCAACCAGAACAACUUCAUGACGAACAGCCACCAGCAGCAGUGCGGCGGCUAUCUGCCACUGCAGACGCGCGCCUGGUAAUAUUAGUGGAAUCGGUUACGUUCCGUGCCGUCGGUGGUGUGAUCUGCGUUCGGGGCAGACAUUGCGAUGCGUUUAGUUCUUUAGUGCGGCAUUUUGAAAAGCUCCGAGCUUCGAGUAACGUAUUAGACAACAAUUAGUGUUGAUUGUUUUUGUUGGGUUUCAGUCAAUUUUUUUCUUCUUAAAAGUACUUUCACAAAAGCUCCUCUGCAACUCUAGAAGGGCUUUCAUCAAACCGUUUCGUUCGCACUUUGUUUGACCAGUGUUACGUUUAGCUGGGAAAAUGCAGCCUCCGGUCCGCGGUGUUCAGCGUCAGCAAACAAAACUUACUUGUACAUAGCGUACCAGCAGUACAAUCAUUUUCCCGUGUCUUGCCGUGUUUAUUAUAGUUUGUACUGCUGUAGGAGCUCUUUUAAAAUUGUGUUUUUAUCGGCUAAUGUAGACGAUUUUGUGAGAAAAGGUUUAGUUCACAGGUAGGCGCGGCUCAACACUCGUUUCCUUCGUAGUCUUCACCACGCAAAAUAGCAACAACAAAACGGAACUGGAUUUGAGGGCACGCGUUCGUACCAAAACCAAUCAGUACAAUACAUUUACUGCUGGCCGAGCAAGCCGCUUGCACGGUCAGCAGUAGUGUAACGAUUGUAUCACUGUAAGGAAUUAUGGCACGGCGAAGCAACGGUGCGUGGCUGCCCAUUUUGUGUAUGAUAAAGCUAUAUAUAUAUAAAUAUAAAUAUAUUUUUUAAAUCAGCAAACUAAAAGUAAAACCAACAAAUAGGUCUCCCCAUGUGUCCCCAUGGGAGAGAGAGAGGUAUGCUUAAGUUAGCAGAAAAAAAUAGGAAACGCAAACACGCGCAAACUAAUCAAAUUUGGCUUAAGAUUGUUCCGCGGAACAAACACUCACUCAUUUCCCCACAAAACAAAUGUGAAAUUUCGUACAUCGAAUCCCCGUAGACACCCGUACGGCGCACUAGCAGGCAUUCGGUGCGUUGAGAUUUAGAAUGUUUAAUUUCGUUGUACGGUGCCCGUGUUAAUGGUUCAAAAAUUGCAAACGAUUUGCGUAUGAACCAAUGCAUGUGGUUUAUUAUUUUGGGAUUUUUCUCCCCGGCGGAACGUGCGUGUUUCGCAUACGACAAGACAAAAGAUUAUUAAGAUUCGGAUGCUCCAAGUGUACCUAGUUCCGGGAAAAAUUGAACCAUUCCGACACGACGCAGGCACACUUUAAUACACCCAGCCUGAUAAAUACACACGUUUGUAAAUAAUUGUAUUAUCGAGCAUUGUUUUAAGCACGCACAGCAUGGAAUGAUUGCAGCAACCCGACUCCCCAAACUUGAAAUACAGUCUCGAAGGUUUGGAAAUAGUUCCGAGGAUAAUAGAUAC